GCAGUCAAGUUUGCCACCUUCGCCAUGCUCUUUAUGGCCUUAAGCAAGCUCUUUGAGCUUGGUUUGAAAAGUUUAGCUCAGUUGUUGCUCAGCAGGGUUUCACUUCGAGUCCUUAUGACGUUGCUCUGUUUGUUUGAAGAUCCUCUGCUGGUAUCACUCUUAUUCUUCUUUAUGUUGAUGAUAUGAUUAUUACUGGAGAUGAUUCUGUAGGUAUCUGUUCUCUUUAGCACUUCCUUAGUCAGCAUUUUGAGAUGAAAGAUCUGGGCACUGUCAACUAUUUUCUUGGGCUUAAGGUUACCUCAUCCUCUGAUGGAUACUAUCUUUCCCAGGCUAAAUAUGCUUUUGAUCUUCUCUCCAAAGCCGGUAUCACUGACAAUAAGACUGUUUCCACUCCUUUAGAAUACAAUGCAAAGCUCACACCUUUGGAUGGUGAACCUAUAUUCGAUGCUACUCGCAAUCGUCAGUUGGUUGGCAGUUUGAUCUAUCUCACUGUUACUCGUCUGGAUAUUUCACAUGCCGUGGGUAUGGUUAGUAAGUUCGUGGAUGCACCUCCUUCUGUCCACUAUGUUGCUGUUCUUCGGAUUCUCCGAUAUGUCAAAGGUGAUCCGACUGAUCGAUGCUCUAUCACAGGUUUCUGUUUCCUGUUAGGUACUUCUCUUGUCUCGUGACGCAGCAAGAAGUAGGAUGUGGUUUCCUGUUCUAGUACUGAGGCUGAGUAUCGUGCCCCUGCCGACACCACUUGCGAGCUUGUUUGGCUUCAUUGGCUCUUGGCUGACUUGGAUGCUCCACAGCCCACUGCCACUCCCCUUUAUUGUGACAAUUGUAGUGCUAUCUACAUUGCUCAUAAUGAUGUCUUCCACGAAUGCACCAAGCAUAUUGAGAUCGACUGCCACAUCACUCGCCAGCAUCUCAAGAAAGGAAAUCUCAAGUUGUUCUCCAUCUCCUCUGCUGACCAGCCUGCUGAUAUCUUUACCAAGAUUCACCUGCCUGGUCGUCUUCGAGAUCUUAUAUCCAAACUCCAGUUGGCUUCCUCCUUGCCACCUCGAGUUUGAGGGGGGAUGUUAGUGUAUAGCUUAGACUAGUUUAGCCCAUUAGGCUUAGCCCAAUAUACUGUGCUUGUAGUUUACUCC